GCUUAUUUCGAGCAAAGAGGUGAUAGAGCUCGAGAACCAAGACCGCUUUCCGGAGGCCCCGUAAUUACGAACUAAGGUGGUGUUUUUUCGCUUUUAGAAAACGGGUGGACGGGAGCAGCCAGCCAGGCUUGGCUUGGCUUGUAGGCCCGGCGCCGCGGGAGGAGCGAGGCGGGCUGCAGGUCACGACGGCCGCGGCCACGCAGACCCGGGCUUCGGAGGAGACAAGGCUGCGCGCGGGACGGAAGACCCAGGCCCUCCAACCUUCGCCACCUGCCCAGGCCUAGAGAGUGAGGAGGAGAACCAACUUCUUUUGCAAGACUGGACGACGGGCGAACUCAAGAAACGAAAGAGGCAGACGAGGCCCCGAGAGGUCGCCAGGCCCCGGGCGCUGAAGGGUGUGGACCCCGGACGUCGCUGGGACAGCCCCUCCCCGCUGCUCGGCGGCGCCUGGCCCGGCCGCUGCUCGCUGCGCUGCCUCCGCCGCCUCCGCCGCCCCUCCUCGGACUCGGGUUCACACGCGCCUCACUUCAUCCCAGUCCCGGGCGAGCAGCGUUGGGUUUAUGUCUUUAUUUGACGAAAACGAGCUGUUGCGCAGCCAUUGGUACCUGUAUUGGGGAAACAUAGCAUACAAGCAAGAAGCUUACAGCCUCAGUGGCGAAAAAUUUUUCAUGUCAGAGACCAAGAACUCUUGCAGUCGUUUAUGUCAUCCCUUCUUCUCCAGACAGAGGAUACCAAAAAGUUGCAAUCAAAGAUCUCUUCAUCUUAUUGAUAAAGUCACUAAUAAGCCAAAAUGUCUGUCAACGUCAACCGCAGCGUGUCAGACCAGUUCUAUCGCUACAAGAUGCCCCGUCUGAUUGCCAAGGUCGAGGGCAAAGGAAAUGGAAUCAAGACAGUUAUAGUCAACAUGGUUGACGUAGCCAAAGCGCUUAAUCGGCCUCCUACGUAUCCCACCAAAUAUUUUGGUUGUGAGCUGGGAGCACAGACCCAGUUUGAUGUUAAGAAUGACCGUUACAUUGUCAACGGAUCUCAUGAGGCGAAUAAGCUGCAAGACAUGUUGGAUGGAUUCAUUAAAAAAUUUGUUCUCUGUCCUGAGUGUGAGAAUCCUGAAACAGAUCUGCAUGUCAAUCCAAAGAAGCAAACAAUAGGUAAUUCUUGUAAAGCCUGUGGCUAUCGAGGCAUGCUUGACACACAUCAUAAACUCUGCACAUUCAUUCUCAAAAACCCACCUGAGAAUAGUGACAGUGGUACAGGAAAGAAAGAAAAGGAAAAGAAAAACAGAAAGGGCAAGGACAAGGAAAAUGGCACCGUGUCCAGCAGUGAGACACCACCACCACCACCACCACCAAAUGAAAUCAAUCCCCCUCCACAUGCUGUGGAAGAAGAGGAGGAUGAUGACUGGGGGGAGGAUACAACAGAGGAAGCUCAAAGGCGCAGAAUGGAUGAAAUCAGUGACCAUGCAAAAGUUUUAACCCUCAGUGAUGAUUUGGAAAGAACUGUUGAAGAGCGUGUCAAUAUCUUGUUUGAUUUUGUUAAGAAAAAGAAAGAAGAGGGUAUUAUUGACUCUUCUGACAAAGAAAUUGUAGCUGAAGCAGAAAGAUUGGAUGUAAAGGCCAUGGGCCCUCUUGUUUUGACUGAAGUUCUUUUUAAUGAGAAGAUUAGAGAACAAAUUAAGAAAUACAGGCGCCAUUUCUUACGAUUUUGCCACAACAACAAAAAAGCUCAACGGUACCUUCUUCAUGGUUUGGAGUGUGUGGUAGCAAUGCAUCAAGCUCAGCUCAUCUCCAAAAUUCCGCAUAUCUUGAAGGAGAUGUAUGACGCAGACCUUUUGGAGGAAGAAGUCAUCAUUAGCUGGUCGGAAAAGGCUUCUAAGAAAUAUGUCUCAAAAGAACUUGCCAAAGAGAUUCGUGUCAAAGCGGAACCAUUUAUAAAAUGGUUGAAGGAAGCAGAGGAAGAAUCUUCUGGUGGUGAAGAUGAUGAUGAAGAUGAGAAUAUUGAGGUGGUGUAUUCGAAGACUGCCAGCGUACCGAAAGUUGAAGCUGUGAAGUCUGACAACAAGGAUGAUGACAUUGAUAUUGAUGCCAUUUAAAGGGGUGGGUGUAGCCCAGCUUAACUGUGUAAUGCUGAGAAUCUUUUUGCAUCAUCAGGCAGAAGUGCAACAUGUAUGUGCAAAAGCUAAAAUGGCUUAACAUCAUGCUACACUUUCUACUAAAAAUGUAUUGCUGUGAGUGGUCUGUAAUUAAACCCAACAAGACAUCUAGGGAGUCCAUACACAUCAGUGAGCAGGUGUAGUUUGCUUAUUUAUAGCAUGUUUCUUUUUGAAAAAUUAGUGGUGGACACAUUUGGAUCACAUUUAUACAGUUAUAAAAAUAAAGAUUUGAUUUUGGUCAUUCUUCAGAUUUGGGGCUCGAAUGACUUAAGUUGAAAUGGCUCCUCUAAAAAAUGUUGCACCAUCAUUUAACUUGACAAGAUUAUUGGAGCCUGUUAGUAUUGUUGGGUGCUGAGACUAUAAAGAGAUCUUCAGCAGAAUGUGAACGUAAACUUAUAAUUAUCUUACUCAGCCAUUAAGAAAUAGUACUUUGAAGUCUUAUCUUUAGUCCUUCAUGUUGGCGUGUGGUAAUGUCCAUUCCUCCCGUGCCAAGCUGGACUGUUUACCAGAUGACAAACACUUUACGAAGAAGUCGAAAUGACCUGAGUGUCCUAUAAAUAAUUUUAAGAGCAGGUUUUGAAACUUGAAUUAUUUUUGGGGUUUUUGUUUUUGUUUUUGUUUUAGUUCUUCUAUACUUGCCCCAGAUUGUAGUCUUUGAGGUCAUGUGCAUUGCACGUUGGAUGAGCCAGGGGAAUUACUACAUUAACAUUUAAGCAUUUUACGUGUAUGUAGCUGUUGCUUUAUACUGAGAAAACGGAGACUUUGGGGAGUGAUUAGCUCUAUGAUUUUAUUUGGGGGAAGCAGGAAAAGGUGCACUUGAUCUCUAGCAAAAACUGAGCAUAAUUUUUCGUCAUUUACUCUUGUGAUACAACUUCCCAUUUCAGAAUAUUUAGACAUACUGUAUCUUUUGUUCAGUGCAGAUUUUUCCCCAGAUAAUAUGGUUCUUUGAUGCCUUUUACAUAUUGGACAUAUAGCUUAUGCGUUUUAGGUUUUUGUUGCUAUCUUGCCAAAAUAAGUGUCAGUUAUGUCUUGAUUUCUGCCCCCUCUCCCUCAAAUGUCUUAUUUUUUAAAAAAAAACUAAAAGCAUACUUCAAAGUCAGAGCCCUUAUUUUGGUAUAAGACUUGGGUUUUAUUUCACAUUGAACGUAGUUACCCAAGAAGUCUGUGGUGAUGGCAAGUGAAAGUAAAAGCAGCUGACGGGCCUGAUUCAGCCAGUCCUGGGCUGGCUUUCUAUUUGGGCAUAAUUCUUGUGUGUUCCUUGUCCCGUUUGCUGAUCUAAACUCAGUUGAUAUCGAGGUUUCUGACUACAUCUGAGAAAUCAUCUUCAAGGUAAAAAUAUAAAAGGUAUACUGAAAAUCAAAAAUACAUGGAGUGAAGAAUUUUGUUGGAGCACUGGCUUAGGUCUUUCACCUCUUUGUGAUUCAUCUCAGACUACAGUGAAACUCUUAACAAUGUAAGUUUUUUUCACAUUGAAAUUUACAAACAACUGGUAUGAUAAAACUUUGCUAGCUUGGUAUUUUAAGCAAACCCUCGCAAUCUUAAUGGAAAGGAACAAACUGGUCUCCAGCUGUCCCCCCAUCCCUAUAAAUUUGGAUGAGAUUGCAGGAGAGCCAUAUACUUAGAGGGAAUGUGCUUUGUCACACCAAAGAGGUUUUUACAAAUCCACAUCUCACCUAGGUUAAGUUUUUUUUGCCAUUGUCUGAAAUUCUGUAGGGAACACCGGUUGAUCUAAGCCUGUUGUAUUCAGCAUACCCAUGUCAAGCUGAUGAGGUCCUGUUAUGGAGGGGUUUCCCCCCCCCCCUUUUUUUUUCUUUUAUUUGAAGGAAAACAUGUUCAGGGCUUCUAAACACUAAAGAGAAAACUUUGGCUUAGACCAGUGUUUUGUCUAGUGCCAAAAAUGGAAUUCAAAUCCACAUAGUGAGAAAUUGAUUCAUAGCAGCUAUCCUAAUAGAGUAAUCCUUCACUUUGCUCUAUUCAACUGUCUUAAAAUUUCCUGUUUCAAACAGCUAUGUUACUUGAUUAAAACAAUGUUAAAAUUA